AGCCACCGUGGACCGGAGCAGAGCAAGGGGGGUGGGCUCAAGACAAACACACACACACACACACAAGCCCUGCAGUGUCCGGCCCGCGAAAGCAGGAACAGCCUCUCGGCUGCGGGGACCACAGAGCUCGGCGCCCGCGGGAGGAUUCCGGUUUUUUGGACAGAGAAGCCUUUAAAUUGCGUCUCAAAGACUUGCCGAUGUCUCGCGGCCCCUCUGCGCGGAUGUCAGACUCAGCCGUGCCGUGACGCUGCACUCCAGCCAGCUGCCCGGGCUCCCCCCGGUUACUGAUCCACCGUUUGGGUUUUACGGAGGAGCUGUCCCCACGCAGUGGAGCCGAGCAUGCGUGCCUGCGGGGCCCUGGCAGACUGCCACCCACCUGGCAUGUCGCAGGGGCAGCGGGCUGGCCAGGGUGCCACAGAGAGCCCGUGAGGGGCUGAUCUGGGAUGACACCCAUGCAGGUUCCUGGGAGAUUCGCCUCUCGCCGGGCGGGAUCCUUUUAUUCUGUCUAGAGGCUGUGGCUGCGCUCCACAUGCUGGGCAGGGCAUGCGGGGACAGCAGCCCCUCACCCAGCCCGGAGCUCCAGCGUGCCGCCAGGACCGGCUCUCAGGGAACCAGUGACAGCCGUGUAAUGCCCGUGGCCCCGGUGGGAAUCCUGGAAGGGCCCUUCUCCUCUGACCUGGUCCCCCUCGCGCCAGUGACUGGGGCAUAGAGAAUAGGGGUUCCCCGAGCCAACAGCCCCCUGUUCCCACCGGUGCCCAGCGUGGCAGAGGAGAGAUGCGUCGCUUCGAGGUGCUGCGCCGCUCCUUCCCGUUCCUGGCCCGUUUCUGGGUCUAUCGCACGCUGCCCUGUAGCAUGGAGUCGGACGAGGGCACAGACUGGCUCCUGGAGCUCCUGACCGAGGUGCAGCUCCAGCAGUACUUCCUGCGCAUCCGCGACGACCUCAACGUCACCCGCCUCUCGCACUUCGAGUACGUCAAAAAUGAAGAUCUGGAGAAGAUCGGCAUGGGGCGGCCUGGCCAGCGGCGGCUGUGGGAAGCCGUGAAGCGCAGGAAAGCCAUGUGCAAGCGCAAAUCGUGGAUGAGCAAGGUGUUCAGCGGGAAGCGCCCCGAGGCAGAGUUCCCACCCCAGCUCCAGCCCACCUUCCCCAAGCUCUCCAGCCCGCCGCCCGCCGAGGAGGGGCAGCAGGCCCUGACCUGCCUAAUCAGCGAGAAGGACCUGACGCUCUUCGAGAAGCUGGGGGACGGCUCCUUCGGCGUGGUGCGGCGCGGCGAGUGGGGCACGCCCACCGGCAAGACGCAGCUCAGCGUGGCUGUGAAGUGUCUCAAGACGGAUGUGCUGAGCCAGCCGGAGGCGCUGGACGACUUCAUCCGGGAGGUGAACGCCAUGCACUCGCUGGACCACCGCAACCUCAUCCGGCUCUACGGCGUGGUGCUCUCGCCCCCCAUGAAGAUGGUGACGGAGCUGGCCCCGCUGGGCUCCCUGCUGGACCGGCUGCGGAAGAACCAGGGCCAUUUCCUCCUCUCCACGCUGUGCCAGUACGCCGUGCAGAUCGCCACGGGCAUGGCCUACCUGGAGUCCAAGCGCUUCAUCCACCGCGACCUGGCUGCCCGCAACAUCCUGCUGGCCUCCAGCGACCUGGUCAAGAUCGGUGACUUCGGGCUCAUGCGGGCGCUGCCCAAGAACGACGACCACUACGUCAUGCAGGAGCACCGCAAGGUGCCCUUCGCCUGGUGUGCCCCGGAGAGCCUGAAGACACGCACCUUCUCGCACGCCAGCGACACCUGGAUGUUCGGGGUCACCCUCUGGGAGAUGUUCACCUAUGGGCAGGAGCCGUGGGUCGGCCUCAGCGGCAGCCAGAUCCUCCACAAGAUCGACAAGGAGGGCGAGCGGCUGCCGCGGCCCGAGGACUGCCCGCAGGACAUCUACAAUGUCAUGCUGCAAUGCUGGGCGCACAAGCCCGAGGACCGGCCCACCUUCGUGGCCCUGCGCGACUUCCUGCUGGAGGCCCAGCCCACGGACAUGAGGGCCCUGCAGGACGUGGAGGAGCCGGAGAAGCUGCACAUCCAGAUGAACGACGUCAUCACAGUCAUCGAGGGCAGGGCUGAGAAUUAUUGGUGGCGGGGUCAGAAUAAGAGGACCCUUAAAGUGGGGCAGUUCCCGCGAAACACGGUGACCUCCGUGGCAGGGCUGUCGGCCCACGACAUCAGCCAGCCGCUAAAAAACAGCUUCAUCCACACUGGCCAUGGAGACACCAACCCACAGCACUGCUGGGGCUUCCCUGAUAAGAUCGAUGAGCUGUACCUGGGAAACCCCAUGGACCCUCCCGACGUGCUAGGCGUGGACCUGAACGCAGCAAGACCCACCCAGCUCCCGAGCCGGGCGAAAAGGGAUCCACCGCCUCGGCCACCGCAGCCGGCGAUCCUCCUUACGAAGCCCUCCUACGACCCCGUCAGCGAGGACGACUCCCUCUCCACGGGCCUCAAGCGGCUGUGCCUGAGGAAGCCGGGCCCCCCGAAGGGGCUGAAGUUGGUGAAGCCGUCGGCCUGGGUGUCAGGCACCAAGGUGGGCGAGCGGCAACUGAGCCGGGCCAAGGGUGGGGGUCCCUCCUGUGGCGAGGCGCCACUGAUUGACUUUGGGGACGAGCCGCCCCCCGCCACCCCCUCGCCGGUCGGUGAGCUGAGCGCCCCCUCCCUUGCCAGGCUGGCUAUGGAGGCUUUCUCCCUGCUGGACAAGACCCCCCCCCAGAGCCCCACGCGGGCACUGCCCCGGCCCCUCCACCCCACCCCUGUGGUGGACUGGGACGCUCGGCCCCUGCCCCCGCCACCGGCCUACGACGACGUGGCGCAGGACGAGGCCGACUUCGAGGUGUGCUCCAUAAACAGCGUGGAGGGGCUGGUGGGGCGGCUGGCCUGGGACGAGGACGAGAAGGCGGUGCCGCUGGAGGACAACCUCUUCCUGCCGCCCCACGGGGCCAAGCAGCCCAGCCUGGCGCAGACCACCGAGAUCUUCCAGGAGCUGCAGCAGGAGUGCAUGAAGCGGCUGCACGUGCCCCGGAGCCCCGCGCCCGGCCCCGGCGAGGACAAGCCGCAGAUCCCGCCCCGCGUGCCCAUCCCGCCCCGGCCCCUGCGGAGGAACGAGCCCGGGCGCUGGUCGGGGGAGCUGUCCCCGGCCUCAGGGGGCGAGGAGGACCGGCCACCCCAGAUCCCGCCCCGUGACCCCUUAUCCCAGCCCACCUCCAGGACUCCCAGCCCCAUGGCUCUGCAGGUGGGCUCCCCGCAGCAAAGGGCCAGCCUCUGCUCCCCCUUGGCCCUGGCCACCUCCCUCUCCACCUCCCCGGGCAAGGCCAUGCCCACCACGCAGAGCUUCGCCUCGGACCCCAAGUACGCCACGCCCAAGGUCAUCCUAGCGCAGGACAAGGACAGCGCCAGGGGCCCCUGCAUCCUGCCCAUUGUCAAGGACGGCCGGAAAGUGAGCAACACCCACUACUACCUGCUGCCCGAGCCCCCGGCCUACCUGCACAAGUACGAGAAGUUCUUCAAGGAAGCCCGGAGCCCUGAGGAGCCGGCGCCCCGCGUGGUCAGCACCGCCACCGUCCGCCCCAUGGUGCAGCAGCCCAACUGCUCGGCCAACAACAGCAACCCCGGCCCCCGGGGGGCGCUCAGGGCCUCCUGCAGCGUCCAGAACAUCAUCUACGACAGCAGCGGCGACGGCUGCCGGGCCGCCGAGAAAGUGCGACUGGUGCAGGAGAUGGUGCACGGCGUGACCACCGAGGAGUGCCAGGCUGCCCUGCAGAACCACGGCUGGAACGUUCAGCGUGCCAUCCAGUAUCUGAAGGUGGAGCAGCUUUUCUGCCUGGGCCUGAAGACCAGGGGGGAGUGCCACAGGGUCCUGGAGAUGUUCGACUGGAACCUGGAGCAGGCCAGCUGCCACCUGCUGGACCCCGCCAGCGCCGCCAGGCAGAAGCGGUGACGGCAACAGGCCGGGAAGCUGAGACAGACCUGGAGCGGGCACCUCCUGCCCCACCUCCGCGGUGCCUGCCCCCCACGUUGGAUUGAGCUGGCCGGAGAGCCAGGAGCAGGGCUGAGAGCCUGACCGGGGCUCGGGACUGGCAAGGGGCAGCCCCCGGGACCCCGCUGGGGGUUGCCCCGGAGCUCGCUGAAGAAUUGUUUUGUAAAGAGAAAUGUAAUUUUAAUAUAUAUAUAUAAAUGUUCUAUUGGAGAGGAA